AUGCUUCUCCCACAUGUGUGUGCUUUAGGACAGAGACUGUGGGGUGGGGGACUCGACACCAACCUUCCUUGUAGCCAGCUCAACAGAGAUGCUGCAAAGAUAACCCUUCAGAUCACAAGUUUACAAGCCUUUUCUAAGUAUUCGGUUGCUGAUGUUUACUUGAACGGCUCCACAUUGCCGCUGCCCAGCCCCGCCCUCCUCCUCACUGUGGCUUUCAUGUUGGUUUUCUGCCCGCUUUCAGCGAAACGCCUCUGGAACCACUCUGGGGGCCGCUUUGCUCUGGGAGGCUCUUGUCAGGGGCACCAGAGCUCUGAUGAAUGCCCUGCUCCUCGGCGGCCCCUCUCCUGGAAGGCCCCUGUGACUGCGGCUGCUUCGACCGUUGGUGGGUGCGGGCGGAGCUAG